GACCGCAGUUUGCACGACCAACAGUUCUCUCCUUCCAGUCUCGCAUCGUCAUUAAUUUCAAGUCCUCACCGGAGAUCCCUUGCAUACUUGGAAAUCAGUCAAGAUGGAUGCCGGCAAAGUCCCCGUCAAGCUCGUCAAAGUCACCCGAGUCCUCGGCCGAACUGGUUCGCGAGGUGGUGUCACACAGGUCAGAGUCGAAUUCAUGGACGACACGAGUCGAAGCAUCAUCCGAAAUGUCAAAGGACCAGUCAAAGUUGACGACAUCCUGUGCCUGCUCGAAUCCGAGAGAGAAGCCAGAAGACUGAGAUAAACCGUGGGCUCGAGGAGUGGUGAUUUUAAAAGUUGGCUCAUGAACAAGUCUUGAAGCAAGAACGGCAUUUUCGCAGAAGAGAAUGAGAGUGCUAAGGACUGCAACUUCUGGAGUUGAAUGCGAGUGCAUCAGGGCUCGCUAUUCCUACGGCAGGCGUCGGUCAGGGUCUUCGAAACGGCCAUAGGACUAUUUGUCCGCAAGCGAAUACAUUCGCUGCAUCAAUCAAGAACAUUCAGAACAAGAUUCUAGUGGCAAUGACAUUGCGCAAUUGCUGCAGUUCCUGCGCAGGUCUUUUCCCAUCUUUCCGGGGGUGUCACCUUCCUCCACGAACGCAAGAUACUUAUCUUUCGCCUUGCCUGGCCGCAGUCAAGCUCACGGAUCCACAGCCGCCUGGAACGCUGCAUCUUUCUCUUGAUGUAUUUGGCUUGUUUUCCAGUUGGAGCUUUUUGGUCUUCUCGGCUCGAAUGAUUCGGUGGCG